AUCUUUUCUUUAAAAUAAGCAACUUUAAGAGCUGAUGAUGCUUGAAUAGAAACUGGGCUCUCUUCAGUUGAAGUCAUUUUGUGCUGAUCAUCAAGAGGGAUUAGUGUGGUCAGAAGCUUGGAUUCUAUCACUGCCUUCACUGCUGAAGGAUCUGGAAACAUAUCGAACUCUGAGAGAACUUCAUAACUCUUGCGUUUCCUCACGACUGUUGUCUUUCCAAUUUAAUUUUAAUUGAAAUUGAUAUAGUAAUUCUGCUUUUGAACUCUACACCCCCAAUGCAUACAUUCUUGCAUACUACCAUAGGACAUGGCUUCUACCCUUGAGUUGAACAGAAGCUUAGCUGACUUCAAGUCACUGCUUGUCUAGGAUAUGAUUGUUUAGUAUAAGAACUGAAAAUGGAAUCUCUUGCACUGUUGCACCUUUUGUUUUUCUUAGUUAGAUGUUUGAAAUAAAGUGUUGCCUUUAUUUGUGGUUUAUGCAAUGACUGCUCAUCCUGAGUGAGCAAUCUGUUAUCUUGCGUCGCAUGGUUUUGCUGGGGUACGGGUAACCCCUUGCCACAUAUAAGCUGCGAAAACACUGGCUCCAUCAACUGUGAAGCUGUGAGCUGGUCAUGCUAGUUUUCUGUACUAAUGAUCAUCUGUGUUGAUAUGUUGCUUAAUUUGUUUUUUUUUUCCUCUGAUUUUUGGUGAAGUGAGAAAGAGAUUGUGAACUAUCAUGACCUGAUAAGCUUGACAUGUACUCAUCAACUUAAGGACAAUAAUGCAGGUAUAAUUCACCAUUACACCAGUUCUUUUUUCGGUUGUUGUUGAUAAUUUUCUAAUCUAUACCAAUGCAGAGGUCUUGUACAGUAAUGGAGAAUUCUGAUACUUUAGGAUGUCUUUUUUGUUCGUAUAUUUAGUUAUUCAUGAUUUGUUAAAUUAUUCUGAUCUGAAAUUCUCAGGACUGUAACGGAAAACUUGGGUUAUAGAUACACAUGUCUCUUUCCUUAAGGUUGUCAUAAUACUACAGACAGUCUCAUUAUUUGUUCCCAUUUAUUUAGGCAUGGAAACCUUGGUACUAUGUGGGAGAAUUCUACUUAGCUGUUUCAUUAAUUUGUUUUGUUUGUACAGACGUGAUCACCAUUUUGUUUGUCGUUUCUUUCAACGGUCAUAGAUCACUUGCUCAAAUGCACUGGUUUGUACCUCUUGGGCUAUGACAGAGCGCUUCAAUUAAGCUCUGAGGUUUCUGCUUCACUAAUUUUCUUGGCAUAUUUGUCUAUAUAGUGAUCAUUUGAUGGUGCUAAAUUUUUCUGGGGUGAAAAACUUGGAAAUUUUACAUGCUAACUGGAUCUCCCCUGAUAAUCUAUUCAGUGCUUCUCAUUUUCCUUUUUAUUCUUGCCACAUGAUUAAAAUAUUGAAUCAAAUUCAUUUUAAGGAUUUGCUCAUCAAAUAACAACAAUCUGCUCAUGGUGUUGAUAUUACUUGCAAGGACAUUCACAGGAUUUGUUUUAAAAUUUUGGAUUUAGAUGAUUACUCUCAAGCAUGAAAACCAUGCCUAGGUUUUCUCCCAAAAACAUAUUCUCCAAAAGGAAACAAAGAACAUACAACAAGGUUCAAUGGUUGAAUUCCAUGAAUAGAAAGCAUUAAAUGUGUCCUCGUGAUUACAUUGCUGUCUUUCCAUUUUAAUAUUAAUGAUUAAUUAAUUCUCUAUAUUGAAGUCCUUUCUUCCAGUUAUAUAAAGAUGAAGGCAUACACCUUAAGCACACAACCAUAGCUAAUGGCUUCUGUCCAGGAGUUGAAGAGGAGCUUUGCGGAUCUGAAGUAUUCCAUUGCUCGGGAGAAAAUCCUGAAUGAGGUGUUCGAUCAACUGUACGAGGAAGGAUAUGAUUUUGCUUCAGAAACGAUAACUCUUUUCCAUUCUGAGGCUGAGAAAUCACUGACUGAACUGACUGCGAGGCUGGACCAAGAGAUUGUGAACUUUCAUAUGCUCGAGGUGGUUAUUAAUCGUCUGAAGGGAAGCGGCCUUAUCAUUGGAGCUGCCCGUUUGGCCGAUGCUUGUUUGACCAUGGCCACCUACUGUGAUGCUUCUAACAAACAAGGGUGUGUGGUCUCUCUCAACCAUGUCAAAGAAGAGUACCAGCUUCUAAUGAGCAAGAUUGAAAGCAUCCGUAAGCUGGAGAAUGAAAUCAUUGCUGCUGGAGGCUCUAUUUGAUGGUGCCCUUAGUGUGGCUUCAGGAAACUAGCAAAAUAAAGGUGUUGCUUUGUUGUAUGCAUACACAAGUGCUAUUCCUUUGUAUGCAUGAUCUAUUGUUCGGUGUCCAUCAACAUAAUUAAU